UUCCUCUGCAGGGAUGUGUGUCAGAGAUCUGGACCCGGGGACACACUCAUGAUUUCACCCAGUUUGGAGCAACAGAUGUGGAAAUAAAGUCCUGCAGGUCUGACCGGAGCUGCGCGCGGCGUUUAAAGAUUUCACCUGCGUGCGUCAGAGCGCAGACUCCUCACAUACACACACUCACACUCACGAGGAGGAGUGCGCCUGUUCCCUGCUCGUGCCACUCUUGUGUUCCUUCAGGAGAGACUGCAAACAUCCACCGCGCCUCCUGCGUCCUGUAGAUACCUUGACGUGCGUCACCGUGCCGCGCUUCAUUCCGCGUCCUGACCGCCUGAGAGGAGAGACCCCACCGCGACGCAGCGCUCUGAGCAGUGACCGGCCCCUCAGUUUGGUGAGUGAAGAUGAUUCCUGUCCUGAUCUGGGCUCUGGUCUCUCUGAGUUUAGCACAGAACGACUUAGACACUCUGUUCCCCGAGCUGGAGCACUCCAGGACCAUCUAUGUCACAGAAAACGGCCCUCGCCUCUCAGUGACGGCGGAUCAGGCAAAGGUCGUGUCCAGACGAGGAGGGAACGCCACUCUGCCAUGCAGGAUCCACAGAGACCAAUCACUGGCUCCGAAUCGCAAGAUGAGGAUCAAAUGGACCAAACUGACCUCAGACUACCUGAAAGAGGUUGAUGUUUUCGUCGCCAUGGACUAUCACAAGAGGAGUUACGGCACCUUCCACGGACGAGUCCACCUGCAAGGCUCCUCCCCGGCGGACGCCUCUCUGGUCAUCACAGAGCUCACCCUGGAGGAUUAUGGGAAAUAUAAAUGUGAAGUCAUCGACGGGCUGGAGGACGGCACGGUGGUGGUGUCCCUGGAUCUUGAAGGUAUCGUCUUCCCGUACUUCCCUCGCCUCGGACGCUACAACCUGAACUUCUACGACGCCGAGCGGGCGUGCCGGGACCAGGACGCCAUCGUGGCGUCCUUCGACCAGCUGUACGACGCGUGGAGAGAGAAGCUGGACUGGUGCAACGCCGGCUGGCUGAGCGACGGGACGGUUCAGUACCCGAUCAACGUCCCCAGAGAACCCUGCGGAGGGAAGAACACGGUGCCCGGCGUCCGAAACUACGGCCUGAGAGACAAAGACAAGAACCACUACGACGUGUUCUGCUUCACCUCCCACUACAAAGGUCGCUUCUACUACCUGAUCCACCCCUCUAAGCUGACCUACGACGAGGCAGUCAGGGCGUGCCAGAAAGACGGUGCUCAAAUCGCCAAGGUUGGACAGAUGUACGCCGCGUGGAAGCUGCUGGGCUACGACCGCUGCGACGCCGGCUGGUUGGCCGACGGCAGCGUCCGUUAUCCGAUCUCCCAACCCCGCCGACGCUGCAGUCCUACGGAGGCCGCCGUCAGGUUCAACGGCUUCCCCGACAAGAAGCACAAGCUGUAUGGAGUGUACUGCUUCAAGGGCCACAACUGAGCUACACACACACAAACACACACAUACAGAGUCAAGCUACACACACUUCAGCAUGCAUACACACACACACACACCUUCAUACACUUAUGAGACUUUCUGUAGGUAUGAACAAACACUCUCAAACUGUGAUGCUUUUGAUGGAAACCUUACCACAUCUCGUCAGAUGAGUCAUGUUGUUGUAAUCUGGGACCUGAUACUCUACGAGGGAUAGUUUACACAUAUUUAAGGUCCAUAUUAUUUAAUCAAUGCCUUCGAAGGGGGGCGGGGGGGUUGUCGUGGGGGGUUAGGGUUGGAGGAUAUCACAGUUACAGCCAUACUGUCAUUCAAGACCGAACUCAACACGCCAUCCAACAAGGAACAACGAGACCGGCAGCAGAGAGACUCGGUUGGACGGACACUUUGGGCACUUAACGUCGUUUUGUUCAAGACUUGGAACAACCACAACAACAACAACAACAACAACAACAACAACAACAACAACAACGAAGCCAUGAAACGAAAGAAAAGCUCAAAUCCUGUCAGACAUGUCAGGUAGGAACAAAAGCCUAGCACAACCAAACUGAUCUUUGCCGUCCGUGCUUAAAGGGCAAUUCUUGUGUUUUCAACCUGAACCCUGUUUGAAGAUAUUUUGGGGUCUUAAUUUGCUCAAAGGUACAAAAAGGUUUGGAGUUGCUCCAGUAGAUCGCUUCGGCCUGCAGAUGCAAAACAGGCUGUAACGGCUGCAAUGUAACACUUAUAACAAGCAAAUACCUUCACUUAAACUACUUUGUUUUGAAUCUACAGGCUCAGAUUGAUCUCCAAGUUAAAGGGGAGUACAGGCUUGUUAAGUUGCUGUCUUUAAAGAAACCAAACUCCCCUGAAAGAAACAGCUGUUUCACUUUGCAGAGCACGAGAUUUGUUGGCGUGACGUUGCAUCAACACAUGCUUUAUGGUUUUAUUCAUGUGUGACUUUAGUGUUCUUAAUGGGAAUCUAAAGCUCUUUAGUGGUGAUCCUUUCUGCAGAGAACAACAAUCUGAGCCUGACAGCAAAAGAAAAUAAGAGUUUUAACUGGAUGUUUUCCAAGGAUUACGUUACAGCCAUUACAGCCUGUUUCCCUGCUGCAGGCCGACACAAUCUACUGCUGCAGCUCCCUUUCGUCCUCUCCGGCUGUUCAGACCUGAAAAUAUGUGAGAAUACGGUGGAUGUUUAGAGAUGCUGGAAUUACCUUUGAUCAAGGUGCUACAACUGGUACUUUGUACUUCAUCAAACCGUCCAGUGUUUAUGUUUUUAUACUAAUGUGUUGGACCAAACAUCGGUGUCAUCAACAAAACGAACAAAGGAACAGGAACAUGUUAGCGUCGCUUCUGUUUUUUAAGUAUGUAGAAUGUUAUUAUCUAGAAAUGUAUUCCUGUUUAUGACUAUUUUUUGAUAUACUGUAGAUUAUUUACAUUAUUAUUAUUAUCAUGAUUUGUCUUUUCGGCCAAACUAUCCAAGUCUCUUUGGUUUACACAAACACAAACACAACAACGGUGGAAACAUGAUCCACACUUGAACAAAAAAAAAAAAAGGUAUACAUUUUUGCACUGAACAUGUAGAAGACGCCUAAAGAAGAAAGCAAACAGUAGUCGGCCACACGCCGCAGCAGCAGCAGCAGCAGCAGCAGCAGCAGUAGCAGCAGCAGCAGCAGCAGCAGCAGCAGCAGCAGCAGCAGCAGCAGCAGCAGCAGCAGCAGCAGCAGCAGCAGCAGCAGCAGCAGCAGCAGCAGCAGCAGCAGUAGAAAAUGCCUGGCAAGAAAAAAAACUCCCCACGCUGCAGAGUCGCUCUAAAGCUCAGCUCUCAGUGAUCGACCUCUGAGGCUGUGUCUCUGUUUGGCUUCAUUUUAGACUUCAGAGCAUGACGUAGCUUCUACAAGCAGCUGCCAGUGUAGAUCUAUCUAUAGCGCCUUGAUAAACUGCUAUUUUUGAUACAAAUACUGUAGUUUCUUAUAGUGAAUGAGCACAGCUGAGCUAGCCUAGUGUCUGACCUCGGGCUCCUCCAUGUAAGCUACUCCAUGAAUCUAUUCGCCAAUGUUUCCUACGCAAACCUUUGACGUGUCUGCUUUCUGUCCAGUGUGACGACAUGUUUGCAAAGAGCUAAGGUCAGAGAUAUACUUGCUUUUAACUUUGCAUUUGUGGCUGCCCUGUGUUCCCUGUCUGUUUGCAGCAUUGGCUGUACAUAUCCUCAAAAAUCAGCACUCCUUGGUCGUUAAAUGCAGUACCAACAUGACCAGUAGGGGGCAGUGUAGAGGCAGAGAGAGAGUCAACACAGCAGGAAUUACAAAGGCAGAAAGGUUUGAAGUGUUAUUGGGACAAACACACCUGUCAGAGUAGCUAGUGACAAAGAAGUUAAAUUUUAAAGCCUGUUAAACUAAAUGGAAACAUCGCGGCCGAUUCGUCCGUGUUCGUAUCUCACUUCUAUGGCAGCACAAGAGAAACAAACUCGCCAUCGCCCCAGCAGACUUGAUUUAGAGGCCUUACAAACUCCUAACGUUGGGGCUGCUGUUCCUUUUCCUGCCGUGAUCUCAGAAUUAAACACCUCCUCGAGUGUUGCCAUGUCUGUUGUUUACAUCCUGCAAAAACUAGUAGUUACAAACGACCCUAACUCUCUUAAGAUACCCUCCAGGAACAUGCAUUGUGCAGAGCCAAGUAUGUGAUCAAUUGCAUUCAUGAUUCAUGACGUCGCUCGUUGUUUACGCUAACCCACAUUUAAAAAGCAAGUAUAUCUCCAGCUUGAGUGAAAAUUUAAAGGCACAGUAUGUAAUUUCUGCCACUAGGGGUCUCAAACAAAACAAUAAAAGGAGACAAAGUUUGAUGUCAAAGGAUGCUUGGAAUCAUUGGAGUUAUGUCAUGUUUAAACAAAGUUUCAUUAAUGCUAUAUUUCAGCACAUUUGCUGAGGUGUUGUCAUUUCAUUUAAUGAAAUAGCAGAAGCUAAUGCUAAUGCUGAUGCCUCAAAGUCUCUGUAUUACUGUUUUUUGGCUGAAGUUGAAUAUUUUAUCCUUCAUAAUUCCCACUAAGCAAACAUCAGCCUUCGUUUUACGUCCAUUCAUGAUGUGAAAAGGGAUUUAACUUCAGUUCCUGGUAGAUAAUUCCCAUCCUGUCUCUUGAUGGUGGUCCACCUUGGUGAACUUUGACAAGUCCCAUCCUCAAGUAGAAUAGGAUGAUGUGAGUUUGACCCCACUUUGCAGCGCUCAGAUUUCCCACUACAAGAAACAAAUCUUGUUUUGUCUUUCAUUGACCCCGCUCCAGAGGCUAACAACAAAUCAAUGAGCUCAAUCAUAAAAUGUAAUCUUAUUCUUUGAAGACUCUCUGAAGACACCAGAGUAAAGAUGACGUGCUGCUUGUCCUGUGAAGGUUUGCAUAGGGACCACUUAAAGACUGGAGUAACGUAUGUAGUGCUGAGGUCACACAUGAGGCUAAGCCAGGUCCUGAGUGAGCAUGGUUUUCCUGGCAGUGAUUGGCUCCCUGAUUGCUAUCUAAGCUCUGACCUGCCUCUGAGGACCCGAUCAGACCCCUCGGGCCUGCAGCCAACCUGCACAGGUCUGCUGAACGAGACAGAAAUACAAUACAUUCAAAACACCAACGUCUCCUGCAUGGAGGCGCAAACGGCCUGCUUCCAUGUAAGGGUAUCAGAGCGGAGAGGGUGCACAUUGAUCAAGUGUGAACUCACCGCACACAGGCCCAGCUGGCCCGGACCCGGGUUUAGGUCAUCCUCUUUGGCAUGGUGCUGGGUUAGAUUAGGUUGGCUCCAUCUUAGUGAAGCCAAAGUACAAUCAAAGUCCUGCCCUGGUUAUCGCUGGAGACCUGCUGGACGGACCCUGACGUAGAUCUCUGUAACGAUGAACCACGAGACACUGUGGAAAAUAAAAUGAUGGUUUUACAAAACAACAGGAAGCAGUUACUGCAGUCUCAUUUGAACUCUUUUCAUUUCAUGUAAUUGUUGAUCAUUUUCAAAGUGAGUGUUAAAGGAGUAGUUUGACAUUUUGGGGGACCAACUUCACCAAAAGACUUGAGGACUCGGUGCAACCCGCCAAGAAACAGUCUCAGCCUGUGAAACCAAAACCAGCCGUUCAUCACAAACCACUCAUCAAAAUUAUUAUUUAAUGCAAUAAGUUAUAUUUGCAGUAUGGCUCUGUUCUGGGAGCUCCCUGCCCUUCCACAUGCCUACGUGGAACACCUAAGCCUGAGGCAGGGAGAGCACACCUCCCCUCUCUUUCAUGUGCAAGGCAGGGAGAGCAGCAGCAAAGACAUCAGUGACGAUACAUAUGACACUCGUCAAACAGACUGGAAAACAAGGAUUAAGGUUAGCCUAUCUACAAGUGGUUUCAAAGCUCAACAGGAAGUGAUUAUUUCUUUGUUAAAUAUGAGGCAUCAGUUAGCAAGCAACUAGUUUAGCUUAGCAAGAAGGCUUACAAGAGUCAGGAUGACUGUGCUAGCUUGUUCUACGAUGUCAAAAUCCACGAAUCAAUCCACUUCUGUCUUGUGUUAUUAAAUGAUCUAACGAGGUGCAGAUUAACACUCUCAUAGCUGCUUGUUCCAUCUAAGGCCUCAGUUUAAAGUUGGUUAGCUUAGCUUAGCUUAGCUUAGCUUAGCUUAGCAAAAAGGCUAAAAACAAGGGGAGUUAGCUAGCUGUGCUCAAUGGAAAAACUGUUGCUGUGUAGUUGAAAGAAACAAGACGUGUUUAUCAGUCACAUUCAAAGGUGCAGAUUGGGACCAGUCUCUUGAGAAUUGGACUUCAGCUAGCAUCCAGCUAUAAAGACCAAAACUGGCUAGCUUACAAAGGAAACUUUAGGGCUACCAAGAGGCCAGUUUUUUUUACCUUUGGUUGGCGUGGGGUUACUGUUUCUUAAAGGCGACGCUAAUGUUCAAUCUGGACUCAGAAAUGAAACAUAUGGAGCUUCUUACCCGGCUUCUGUUCCCCAACAUGUCAAACUGUUCCUUAAAGGUUUUAAAUAAAGUGUGUUGCCUUUUACUCGAUGUGUUACCUGACCAACCUUUCCCAUCAGGAGCCUGAAAGGAAACUUUCAGGACCCAAGAUAAAAGACAAAUAAAACAUUACAUAAACCCUGA